GUUUCAUUUUCUACCAAUCCUCAACUACAAAUUAAAUUACGGAGCGUACAUAUAGAUAUAUAAAUAUAUAUAUUGAGAGACUCAUACAAAGAAAGCCAGCACGGUCUUCUCAUCGAUCGGAAAUUAAAGAUGGCAUUUUUGGCGUUUGCAACAAUGAUAGUUCUUGCAAUUCUUGAAAUUCCGGCGGCGGCGAACCCACUAUUCGAACGCUACUCCGGGUGCAGGGAGGAGCUGGCGGCGAUAGGAGGCUACGGGGAAGAAAAGCUAUCAACUGUUAUAAUUUAUGGCACAGUUCUAUGCCACCCUUGUGGCGGUGGUCGUCGUCAUCCCCAUCUGCUCCGCCUUAAACCUCAUCCCAUCUCAGGCGCUUCGGUGGUUGUUUCGUGCGAGACUGAUAAUAAUAAUUACAAGAAGAAGAGAUUAGGAAGAAGAAGAAGAAGAAGGAGGUGGGACGACAUAGAAGAAGAGAAGAAGACGGACGAAAAUGGGGAAUUCCUCAUAGACCUUCCCUCCCAUCUCCACGCAAUUCCGGACAUGGAAAAGGCAUGCACCGUCUCCGUUGUCCGCCUCCCCAACGACUCCGCCUGCAACAACCAUCCAACAACCUUCACAAACACGCGACCGGCGGCGUCCGCGGCCGCCGCCAUCAAGCUGACCUCAAGCAAGGAUGGCACCCGCUCUUACACAACCCAUAACAUAACUCUAUCUUCCAGCCAUCAUCUUCUCAAUCCGCCGGCGUCCCUUCCAUCUUGUGCGCAGAUGCGGCCGAUAUUGAUGAAAGGCCACGAGAGGCCGCUGACGUUCCUCAAGUACAACCGGGAAGGCGAUCUCCUCUUCUCCUGCGCAAAGGACCACAAUCCCACCGUCUGGUUCGCCGACAACGGCGAGCGCCUCGGAACUUACCGCGGCCACAACGGCGCCGUUUGGUCCUGCGACGUCUCCCGGGAUUCGACCACAGUCAUCACCGCCAGCGCCGAUCAGACCUCGAAGCUCUGGGAUGUGAAGACCGGCACUCCCCUGUUCACUUUCCAAUUCGACUCCCCCUGCAGAUCCGUCGAUUUCUCAAUCGGCGAUAAGCUUGCCGUAAUCACCACCGACCAAUUCCUUGACAUUCCUUCCGCUAUUCACGUGAAGAGAAUAUCUAUAGAUCCCGAAGACGACAUUGAUGAACAAUCUGAUGAAUCUGUGGUCACAAUUAAGGGAGUGUCCGUGGGAAGAAGGAUCAAUAGGGCCGUUUGGGGACCCUUGAAUAGGACUAUCAUCAGCGGGGGCGAUGACGCUGUCCUUCGUAUCUGGGACGCCGAAACGGGGAAAUUGCUCAAGGAGUCUGAUAAGGAAUCGGGUCACACGAAGGGGAUUACCUCUCUGGUGAAAUCCGCGGACGGGUCACACUUCAUAACGGGUUCACUAGACAAGUCGGCGAAGCUCUGGGACAUUAGGAACUUGACACUUCUCAAAACAUACGCGAGCAAUAGCCUGGUGAACGCGGUGGACAUGUCGCCCCUCGUGGACCACAUUGUGCUCGGAGGUGGCCAGGAGGCCCGAGAUGUGCCGAAAUCGGACGGGGGCAAGUUUGAGGCCAAGUUCUAUGACAAGAUUCUUGAAGAAGAGAUUGGGGGUGUCAAGGGCCACUUUGGACCGAUUAACGCUCUGGCAUUCAACCCUGAUGGGAAGAGCUUUGCAAGUGGUGGGGAAGAUGGGUACGUGAGAUUGCAUCAUUUUGACUCCGAUUACUUCCAUAUCAGGAUUUAAAGAAAAAGUUUGACAUUUCUCAUCGGGAAAAAGAAAAAAGAUAAAAGAAG